AUGAAAUAGAUUAAAAUAGCUUUAGUUAUUUUCUUGAUUAUACUUACACAAUCAGUUAAUGCUUCUUUUAAAAUUGAAUCACCUGCUUUUCCAGACUUAAUUCAUUUUAGAUCAGCUGAUUUUGGGUAUAUUCCAUAUGGAAAAAUAUUAUCAGGAAAAAUGAUUAUUUCAAAUUAAACAGAUCCUUAUGGAUGUUUUAAUAGCACAAACUUAGCAGCAAAAUAGUAAUUUCUUCUUGUGAAAUAUGGAAAUUGCUCAGUAAUAUAAAAAGCUUUGGCAGCAUAAUAAUCCAAAGUCAAAAUGUUGAUAGUUAUGGCUGAUCAUGAUUCUAUUGAUGAAGUACACAUGCUAAAUACAGUUAAAAGUGAUAAAAUUACUAUUCCAGUUAUUUUAUUCUCUAAAAGCAUUGGUGAUCAAAUAAUUAAUGAAGUUAAGAAAUAAAAUGGUGUAUUAAAAGGUCAAUGCUUUUUCCCUAGAAAUAUAGCGAAAUAAGGACCUGUAAGCAUUGACUAUUGGUUUGAUCCAUUGGAUUCUAAUAAUUAUCCCUUUUUCUAUCGCUUUUCUUCUUUGCAUUAGGAUUUAGGCUCAGAUGUGAAAUUUAGAAUCCAUUUAGCAUUAACCUUUGAUUAAUAAGAAUCUAGUUAAAAUUAUAAAACAGAAUCAUGUGUUUCUAAUGGAAAAUAUUGUGCAAAUGAUCCUGAUGGUCCAGGAAGAUUGUAAGGGAAGGAUGAAGUUUUGAUUGGUUUAGCUAUGCUUUGCUUAUAAGAAUUAGAUUCUUCUUACAAACUGACUCAAACACUAUUUAAAUUUGAUUUUAUUUGCUUAUAUUAAGAAAAGAAUAGAUAAUUACCAUUAUAAUGCUUAACUGAUGUAGCCAAAAAUAACGGAUAUAAUAUCACUAAUUUUAAUGAGUAGUGCUUUGCUAAGCACUUUAAAAACUCAGAUUUGUAAGGUGAUAACGAUUUGUUAGAAAAAGAGAAAAUUCUCUUUUAGCAAGAAACUGUACAAAUAUGGCCUGAACUUUACGUUAACUAAAGGGCAAUAAGAGGUGAUAUAUAAUCUCUUGAAGAAGUUGAGAGUGCUAUAUGUGGAGGAUUCCAAGAUCCUGUUCCUUCUGCUUGCUAUGAUUACUUUGAAUAUUAAGAUGAUUCAAUCAAUCCUGGGUAUAUAAUUUUAACAAUACUCCUCUCAGCCCUUGUUAUGUUCUUUAUACUUUUUGGUGUAUUUAAGCUUUAUUAUCACAAAAAAUUCAAGGAACAAAUCGAUGGAGAAGUAAAUAAUGUAAUCCAAAAAUAUUUAUCUUUUUAAGAUGAAACAGACAACUCAUGA